AUGCUGAACCCCCUAAAGCCAAGCAAGAACACUAUCAUCUACUCCAUGGUAGAUGGUGAACCCUACGUUGGAAUGCCCCCCACCAAACCUACCACUUUACCGGUCCUCCUAUAUGCGAGGGAUUCUGUCAAAGAGCCCCCGAUGUUCAAUAUGGAAAAAGUCAGAGAUUGUAUCUACAUGAUUGGUGCCAGGAACCACAAGACAUGGGAGGAGCAUGGCCUUGUCAUUGGAUCCAUUGAGGGAGAAGCUCAGAAGUGGCAUAUUGAGUACACUGAACAUAAUGACACCUAUAUGUGA